UUUGUGUGUUUGUGUAAUUGAACGAAAAACAGAAAGGAGGCUGAAAUCGCGAAUUUUAAUUUAUAGAAAGCUAAUAAAAAAAAAAUACACAAAACCAUGCCUGAAUCGGAAGUUACUAAAAUGAAGGUGGCCGAUUUGAAACGUGAGCUUAAAGUGCGUGGCCUUGCUACCACUGGCAACAAAACGGAACUUCAAGACCGCCUGCAGACGGCACUAAUUGAUGGCGACAUUUCAUUGGAAGAUUCAGCUAUCACCAAUGAAGAUGCUCUGCUUGAUGAAGAUGCCGUGCUGACCGAUGAGGAAGAGUCGCCAAUAGCUGCAGAUGAAAAUGAGUUACUCAAGAGUCCAACCAGUACACCAACCAUGAAUAGACUUACUAACGAGCAACGCUUGCAAAUCAUUGAAUUUUAUUACCAAAAUCAGUCCAUACACAAACGACAAGAGGCAGACGGUGUGGGAUCCGUAUAUAAAUGUGUAUUUUAUUGA